AAGACAGCAGCAUGCACUCGCUCCUGCAGACACCCCAUCACAACAUGAAGUUCCUUCUCACACUCCUGGUGGUGGCAUCCGCGGCGGCCGUAGCGCUGGCCGGCUAUGGUGGCUAUGGCGGCUAUGGCGGCUAUGGAGGCGGUCAUAGGGGCGGCUACGGAUACGGUGGUGGCCGUGGCGGAGGCCGCGGUGGUGGCUACGGCGGCGGCUAUGGUGGAGGCUAUGGCGGCGGCUACGGCGGCGGCUAUGGCGGCGGCUAUGGCGGCGGCUAUGGCGGCGGCUAUGGUGGCGGCUAUGGAGGUGGAUAUGGCGGUCAUGGCGGUGGAUAUGGAUACGGGAAGUAAGCGGAGGGACGAAAAGAGAACCUCGACUGAGGAGCAACAAGAACAGCGCCAGUAUGUUGUACAGAGACACUCACCGAAUAAAC